GGGGACACGUGUUGAUGUAGAAGAGACAUGGAGAAGAGGGGACACAUGUUGAUGUAGAAGAGACAUGGAGAAGUGGAUUUUGCAUAAUAGGUGCAAGGAUACGUUAUGAAGUGAAUACAUUUUAUAUCUAAAAGGAAAACCUCUAAUGUGACCUCACAAUGUAAUGCACAAAUAUUUCAGGUAUAGAAGGCGAGAUGGUGAGCACAUUUCAGAUACUCCCACCUCGAGCAGCACUGAUGUUUAAGACCUGAAUCUGAGCUGCAGAGUGGAAGAUGUGUGUGGAGCCUCCACCGUUCACAACUUGAAGCAACAUCAUCAUUUAAACACUGGAGUGUCAGGGUUACACUUUGUGUUCUAUCAUAAUCAGCUUUAUUUGCCAAGCAUGUGAACACAAGGAAGGAAUUUGUUGUUUGUUUUUUGUCACUUAACUUCUCACAAUAAACCAAGAUUAAAUAGAUUUAAAAGGCAAAUGAAUUUGAACCAUACUGUAUAACACCACUCGGCAGCAACACCGAGCUUCAGAUACUUCUGGUUGCUCCAUGUGAUGAACAUCUCAGUGCUCUGUACUUCUCUGUAAACAAGUCUCAAAGUGUGGAAGGCCUAUUUCUCCCUGCAAAUGAUUCCCAAUCAUACAUGGAAAUACAUUGAUACAUUUCAUCUAGAAAAAAUACAAUAACACAUUAUUUAUUUCCUUCAAAUUCUUUGCUAAAUACAGAAUAACAUGAGUCAGGAUAGACAUGUCCAUGUGAAAGAAAUGGCUACUUGACUGGUUGGGGCAGUCAUAAACUGAGGUGGUAAUUAUCGUUCUCUUAAACUUGACAUGUUCUCAUUAUUAAGAGUAUGGCAGUAUCCCACUAAUGUUCUGUGUCUGCUUGUUCUGUUUGCAUUUCAUUUACGUGAUGCUCACAUCGAUGGAAAUGUCUUGGGCAUUGUUUCAAUUCAGUCUACUCUCAAAUUCAGCAUGACAUAGGGUAACUGAUCAUUUUUUAAUCCCUAGUCGAACUUAGAAACACUCUUCAGGGUACAAGAGAGCUUGGAGUAUUUGAAUCCAUGGUUUGAUAAUUGUCAUUUUAAUAAAGAUGGGGAAAAUACAAAUUGACAUUGAUAGAGCUGCAUGUUAGGGUUAGAAUGAUGAACAUUAAAAUACAGAAACCAUUGCACUAUAGGAAUAUGUUAAACAUCAAUGUUGUCAAGGCAACUGAAACAUUAUAUAUUAUUACUUAACCAUAGAGAUGAAAUACAGUUUAAGUCAUAGACAAUAGAGUUAUAAAACAAUAGAACAUUACAAAAAAGUUUGUCAGUUUCACAAGGAAAAUGAAUGAGUGCCAUUUUUUCAUUGUCCUUAAUACUGUAUUACAUUAUAUCUUUAGAUCAAACUUAAAAUCUUGUCCAUGUUGAAAAUAGUUGAGAGACCCUCACGUAGCAGUACGGGCAGUUUCCAGCACUGUGGUCGCCAGCUGAUUGAACACAGAAGGACCAGCCAACAUUGACAAAGUGAAUAUGGGAGGGAGUCAUCUCAACCCCGUCUACUCUUCGGCGAAGAUGCAAACCAGGAAGUGAAAGCAAUAACACCAUCUUGAUCCUGACUGCGGGCCAUCAGCAGCACCAUAGAUAUAUAUGAUCAGCACUGAGAGUCGGAGGUUCCAGUCUUCAGUCCGCGCCUUCAUCACACGGGCGGACUUUCAGAAGAGGGUGCACGGGAGAGAGGAAGAACUCACCAGCAGGCCGUAACUGGUGCUACUGGACCGCAGAAACUAAUGUGCACUUCAUUCACAAAGAGAUUGCGACAGAGCAGCUCUUUAUUUACACCGCGAGCCAGAGGUCCCAUAUGCAGUGUGCGCGUGACUGAAUAUAUCGGAGUCAUAGGAUAAUGCCGAUUGGAAGAUUGUUAUAACCGCAUCAUUUACCUGGACACGGACUUUGAAAAACGACAUACCGGAAGUGCUAAGUGCCGUGUGUAUCUUGACCUCGCUGUGUUCCUCUCUGCUGCCCCGUUCAUCCUUCUUAACUCUAAAGUGAGUAUGGAGCUCGUGCAGUGUUCCUGCAGCUCACGCGCCGUGUCAUUCAGUUUCCGCGCGGUUCUCUCCGCGGCAGCAGUGGGCAGGUAGCCGGGCAGGAGCUCAGCGGCAUGCCGUCCGAUGUGGAGUACAGCCCGGUGGGAGAGGGGCUGGGGAUGCGGGACUUCUGGCUGUAUGUGUGGCUGCGCAGGGCGGCGGUGAUCACGGCUCAUGUCACCGGCCUGGGCCUGACCCUCUCCAUCUGCCUGCUGUCCAGGCCCGGGACCAGUCUGUUCUCUUGGCAUCCUGUGUGUAUGUCUGUCGCAUACUGCCUGUGUAUGACUGAAGGCGUCCUCCUCUUCUCGGCUGAAGGAUCCCCCUUCUGCUUCGUGUCCCGGAAAGGUAAAGUCCGUCUGCACUGGUUCUGCCAGGCUCUGGUCCUGAUAGCCGCGGCCACCGGCCUGGGCUUCAUGGUGGCCAGUAAGAACGUGUCGGAGCUCCCCCACCUGCUGACCUGGCACAGCGUGCUGGGGGUCUGCACUCUGGCUGCGACUGCGCUGCAGGCGGCCUGCGGGGUCGGCCUCCUCUUCCCUAAGCUGCUGCGCCUGUCCUCCCCCCCGCUGAGGCUGAAGCUGUACCACGCCACCUGCGGCCUGGUGGUCUACCUGCUGGCCACCGUCACCGUGGUGUCGGCCAUGUUUUCUGACUGGUUCCAGGCCACGGUGAAAGGCCUCGCCUGGUGGGCCUUCCUCCUGCUGCCCCUCUUCCCUGCCCUGGUGGUGAUGAACCAGAUCACUAACGCCUACCUGCCACGCAAGAAGGUCACCAGCUAGGAAGCACAGGAGAUCCCCCUCAAUCCCUCUGGGGCCAUGUUGGAUUGACCUUGUACUCGAUCAGACCGGAGCAGGAGCUAAAGCAGCCUUUGGAAGUUAAACAAGUACACAGCAUAAAAACAUGCCUGUCUUACAGCGCCGCUGUCUGUAGAGAACUUUAGAUUUACUGUGCUAAAUCGCUGUUAGUUACUGAAGAACACUUUCACCCUUAAAUUAAACAAUUCAUUUGUGUUUUCUAAUUUCUCUGCAAAUGAAUGCUGAAAUUAUUCUAACAGUUCUAGUUUCUUAUACCAAGUGCAAAGACCAGCGGGUUGCAGCAGGCUGUUCUUUAGUGUGAUUCCAUUUGAUAAAUGAAUGAAUUGAAAGAAGUACAGAAUAUACAUUUUGGGCAGAAAUUGGACGGUAUGCAUUACCAGGUUGUUUGCUCAUAUAUGAACUCUGAUACCUCCUGACUCACUAACUCCAGCAAGAGAACGAAAGGCCUUCAAGCUCAGAGUCCUGCUGAGGACAGAAGGAGUGGCACUAUGCACAGUGUGGGUAACCAUGCGCUACGUAGAACACAUGUAUGAAGACCCAGCAGGUCGUGGUGGUCCUGACACAUCUGCAGAGGAAUAUUUGCACUCCGUAUGCAGUGAAAAUGAUGAAGGUGCUGUGGAUGAUUUGAGACCAGCAUGCAAAUUCUAUAUAUGUAUUCUUUGUGAUACAUUUGUCUGUCUUGGCUGCUUAAAUUAGCCACAUUUAAAGCAAGUUCCAUCAGUCAGUAAUAUGUUUGGAUAUUUAAAUAAGGAGCCCAAACAUAGCUGAGGGGAGCAGAUACUGGACUGAGGUUCAGCAUGUGGACACUAACACCACUACAUAAAUGCUAACGUUGCUCAGUGUCUGCAGAAUGUGCAAAUAAGCAGGAGGGCUUCUGUUCCUCCGUGGCCACACAAACCAACCAAUGCAGCUUUAAUAGAGCAUGGCCACCAUCAUGUAGAGUCAUGAAUGAUGCUAUAGAAUAUCACGUAUUGGUGGAGGCGGGCGCUUUGAGCUAAUGACUUUCUUAUAGAGGAAAACAGUAAACAUGUGGGAUAUGAACAUUUGCUUUAGUGUUAUCACUGGUGUCCUCAGAGUCCUCAUUUAUUAUUAAGUUGCUUGCUUUGAUAAUUAUAUGUGUAAAACUACAUGCAUCACCUCUGAUGUGCUACUUUUGAUGUUGUGUUAUGUUUGCUUUUGUAGUCAAUAGGUGUACAAUAGAGUUCACUCAAUAGUGACCCCUCUUAUGUGUUGCGUUCUCAAACAAGGCCCAAGGCACACACAAUCCAGGAAUUGAAUGCAAAUGAAAACCUCCCAUCAUAUUUCACCCGUGCUCAAAGUUCUGUCUUUCUCAAUAUCUCUGUAAAGUAUUUAAAUUGGUAGAACAUGCAAUCAAUGCACUUUACCCUCCAAUUCGAGUCCAGUUUCUAAGGGCUAAUCAAUGAAAAGUUGGUCUCCCCAAACUGGCUUCUCUCUGAGGGAGGCUGAACCAUCAAACUAAUUGUUUGAUACUGUCUACAGAACUAGCUGAGAAGGCCACACAGCACGCAGCAGAGACUGCCUGACAGGCUGUAUUCAGGGCAUAUCAAAGUCCAAGCAGGAGGUUUUUCACAGCAAAAGGAUGUAUCCAGCACUCAGCCAGAGCCCUGCUUUGUAAACCUGAUGCACUAAGACCUUUUGGAUGUACUGCAGCACACACAGGCAGCUUAUGUAAAUACUUUUUGGACAUAAUACCAUUUGAUGGUCAUGGAAUGUGUGUGUAAUUAAAAAUAAUAAUGGAAGAUAAUUCAACAUAUAAUGGUUCUUUAACGCUCAUAGACUGUAUAGGUAACGCCAGGAAAGGGUCUGGAACCAGGAAAUGCUCCACCUUUUCAUCUCCAGACUGGGUUUAACCGGCCGCUCUUCUUUGCUGGGUUUGUUGCCAUGUUUGAAUCAGUUUGAUGAUCAUGUUCUGCAAUAAUGAUGUUUCCUUGAUGAAAAAGAGGCGUUCAAAUCCAAAUAGUGAGAAUGUUGUUACUUUACUUUUGAGAUGCUACUGAGAACAACUCACUCUACAUACAGAGUAUGGGCUGUGCUGUAUGAGGAGAUCACAGUGGAAGUUAUUUCUCCAGUCCCUUUCAGCACUAUCUGUAAUAAACACAGAACUACAUUUGAA